GCCCCUCACAUCUCCGGAUGGAUCCAGUAAUAGAAAUCCCCCAGAGAGAUGUCCCCGUCCUCUGUAUUCCCGGGACUCCACACAGGAACAUCAGGAGAUCCCUCAGGAGGAUCAGGUGACGCCGAAGGCAGACCAGACGGAUUGUAUAACCGAAGGUACAGAGGAAGAGGAUGAGACGGAUGCGAGAGGCGAUGAGCCGUGUAAGGAGGAAAUUCCUCCAGAGAUCAGCGCAGACACUGCAUCCCCUCAGACAGAAGUCAAAGAUGAAGAGGAUGUGGAAGUAAUACAGAUUAAGAUUGAAGAAGAGGAAGUCCUUCCAGAGAUCAGCAAAGAUGGAGAAUUGGAAGAGGAAGAAGACAUCACAUCAGAUUCUUCAGAAGACAGCAUUACUCCAGACUGUUCUUCGAAGCCACCUCCCCAAAAAGGGAAUUUGCUCGAUCUCUCCCCUCCCGCCACCGAUCAUACAGCUUGUCGAGUGGGUAAAUGGUUCCUAUGUACAAUGUGCGGGAAAUCUUUUACCCGGAGAGCCAGUGUUAUUCAACAUCAGAAGAAGCACACUGGAGAGAAGCCAUACUCCUGCUCCGAAUGUGGGAAAUGCUUCGACAGGAAAAGGAACCUCACGACACAUCAUCGGAUCCACUCCGGGGAGAAGCCGUUUUCGUGUUCCGAAUGCGGGAGGCUUUUUGCCUGGAGAGCCAGCCUUGUUGAACACCAGAGAACUCACACGGGCGAGAAGCCGUAUCCAUGUCUAGAGUGCGGGAAAUGCUUCACUCAGAAAACCCACCUUACCAAACAUCAGAGGACUCACACCGGGGAGAAGCCGUACUCUUGUUCCGAGUGCGGGAAACGUUUUACUGAGAAGGCCUAUGUUCUCGUACAUGAGAGAACGCACACGGGCGUCAAGCCGUAUUCCUGUACAGAGUGCGGGAAAUGUUUUAACCAGAGAAGCCACUUUUUUGCGCAUCAGAGAGCACAUACGGGGGAGAAGCCAUUUUCAUGUGCGCAGUGCGGGGAAUGUUUUAGUGAAAGAGCCCAGCUAGCCACACAUCGAAUUGUUCACACCGAUGUCCACCCGUAUUCUUGUCCCGUAUGCGGCAAAUGCUACAGCAGCAAAUCAAAUCUGGUUCGGCACGGGCAGGUCCACGCGAACGUGGAAACUCCUGCAUGUUCUAAAUAAGGGAAAAUUUCUUCAGAGAGAUGGGAUGAUGUCACAUGUCGGGCUGAACUGGGUGGACUUGUGUGUUUUUCAGCCAUAUUAACUACCAUAUAUACUCGAGUAUAAGCCGACCUGAAUAUAAGCCGAAAACGUAUUGACUCAAGUAUAAUG